CAUCAAGAACACCCCCGAAACAGCGUCAGUAAAUCAACACAUUCUUCAGAGAUCGCAGCCGCGGCCGGUGUUGAUCCACAUCACGGACGGGGAAUCAUGGCUGCAGAACAAGAUGCUGAAGAAACUGUUUCUCAAGAGCUGCACAGCCCCUCUGAGCUGAGGAUCGUGCUGCUUGGGGUAAGCAGGGCUGGGAAGAGUGCAUCAGUGAACACCAUCCUGGGCACAGAAGAUUUUGGAUCUCGAGUCAGGUUUUCUGCUGUAACGAGGAAGUAUGAGAAGACAACAGGAGAAGUAGCUGGGAGACGGGUCACUGUGGUCGACACUCCAGACUUGUUAGACACAGACCGGGUCGAGAUUGAUAGAUGUGUUUCUCUGUCUGCCCCGGGACCCCACGCUUUCCUCUUGGUGAUACCGGUGUAUCCAAAUGAAAUUCUGGACUCUUUUAACUUAAUAAUAGAACAGGAUUUCAAAGCCUUUGAUAAAGUCCAGGAGCUGUUUGGCGAGAGAGCUGUCAGGAACACGAUGAUCCUUUUCACCCACUGGGAUGUACUGAAAGGCAAGACAAUAGAGCAACGCAUUGAGGAUGGUGGUGAGGAGAUCCAGCAGUGUGUUGCGAAAUAUGGGAACAGGUAUCAUGUUCUCAACAAUAGGAACAGGAGCGAUCGCACUCAGGUCACACAGCUUCUGGACAAGAUAGACAACAUGGUGGCAGGAAAUGGAGGCGGCUACUACACCAGUGAGAGGGGAGAAGAGCUGAUGGAGAAGUUGAGAAAGCAAAUGAAGGAAGAGGAGCUGGAGAAAGAGCCAGAGGAAUCCAAGCAGCCUGUCAGGAGAAUGGAGAGCACUAAGGUCUACCCUUCCAAGAUAUCUGAAAGCAAAGUGGAGAACGAAUCAGAAUUAUCCAAGCUGCCUGUCAGGAGAAAAAACAGCAAGGAGUUCAACCCCCCCGACAUGUCUGGAGGUGAAGUAGAGACUCCCCUUGCAGAUAACCAAGCGCCUCCCAGCCCCCCUGAGCUGAGGAUGGUGCUGCUUGGGAAGACUGGGGCUGGGAAGAGUGCGGCAGGAAACACCAUCCUGGGCAGAGAGGAGUUCAGAUCUGAAGCCAACUCCUUUGCAGGAAUGAGGGAGUGUGAGAAGAGAAAAGGACAAGUGGCUGGGAGACGUGUUGCUGUUAUCGACACUCCAGAGCUCUCUAAGGACAAACUCCAGAUUAGGAGCUGUGUUUCUCUGUCUGCCCCGGGACCCCAUGCUUUCCUACUGGUGAUACCGGUGGGUCGAUUCACAGAGGAAGAGAGGAGAGCAAUGGAGACAGUCCAGGAGAUAUUCAGUGAGGAGGCUGUGAGGAGGUACACGAUGCUGCUUUUCACACACAGUGACAAACUGAAAGGCAAGACCAUUGAAGAUUAUAUUCAGACAGGCAGAAAGGAGCUCCAGCAGCUUGUUGAGAAAUGUGGGAACAGAUAUCCUGUUCUCAACAAUGAGGACAGCGACGAUCACACUCAGGUCAUACAGCUCCUGGACAAGAUAGACAACAUGGUGAAGGGAAACAACGGCAGCUACUACACCAGUGAGAUGUACCAGCAAGCAGAAGCAAAGAUCAGACAAAGACAAGAGGAGAUACUGAAGGAGAAGGAAGAGACAAUAUUGAGGGAAGAAGAGGAACUGAAGGCAAAGCACCUGAAAGAACUGGAGAACACGAAAAGGAAGAUGAGAUUGGAAAUCCAGAAACGAGACGAGAAGAUCAGAGAGCUGGAGGAGAGUAUAGGAGAGCUGGAGUAAGAGCUGAGGAAAGAACAGAGAGAGAAUCACAGGAUCAAACUGGAGGAAGAGCUGAGGAGAAAGAGAGAGGAGAGAGAGAAAGGGAGGAGCAAGAGAAGGAGGAUUGCAUGGAGAAGGGGAAGAGAGAGAGGGGAGAGUAUGAGGAGAAAUACAGGAGAGAGAUGGAGGCAGUCAGACAGUCCUACCAGGAAAUCAUUAGAGGAGAAGCAGAGAGAGUCAAUGAGUUUAUAAGCACAUAUGAAAAGCCAGCUGAAGCGAGAGGAGAAAGAGCAGCACUAGAGGCAGUGAUGAGUGCAGUAGCAGGAGCACUGAGAGAAGGGGCUGAGGUAGGGGCAGUAUUACACACAGUAACCAGAGCAAUAAGAGAAGAGACAAGAUUAAGGGCAGUAAUCCACGCUGCAAAGGAAGCAAUAAGAGAAGGACCAGCUCAAAGGUCAGUGAUCAGUGCAGUAACAAGAGCACUGAGAGAAGGGACUGCGAUUGGUACAGUAUUGCGCACAGUAGCAGAAGCAAUAGAGGCAGCACCACAGGAACCCAGUCAAGAGCAGUAAGACAGGGGGUGGUGCUAUUGGACAGGGGGUGGUGUUAUUGGACGGGGUGUGGGUUAUCUGAGCAAGAUCUAACAUCCAUAUUCAGAAACAACACUUACUCUGUUUCACCCUGUAGCAAUAUAAACAGUGAGUAACACUAACAAGCUGUUACAAUAGGGACUCCACAUCAAUGAAGGCUUUAAUACUGCUGUCAUUGUUAAAAUUGGACUGGACCACUAGAUGUCAGUAUACAACAAAAUAAUAAAAUACAUGAGGCUGCAGUGGGUUAUGAAGGCAUUUACCUGGAUUUAAAGGGACAGCGCCCUCUUCUCUAUUCUCAUGCAAUUGCACUGUAACGUCCAUAUUCAGAACAAACACUUGAGGAUUAGUGCUCACUUCAGUGCAUAUAGCCAUGAUUUCUCCUCUUUCUUUCGGAACAAAAUCGACAACAUCUCUUCUAUGCUCGCCCACCACAAACCCAGUCUACUACUUGACCAUCUUGACGCUCCUCCGGUUGCCCCCUCCUGCCCUCUUCUCCUUCUCUCCUCUCUCCAUUGCUGAUGUUUCCGGCUUACUGUUGAAAUCAACAACUGCCACAUGCCCCCUGGAACCCUAGCCGACUAACCUUGUCCAUCUCUAUGCUUCUGAUCUUGAUCACUCCAUUAUGCACACUCCCAACCUGUCCCUGGACUCUAACGCGGUUCCUGCUGCCCUUAAGCUUGCCUGAGUUACGCCGGUACUCAAAAAACACUCACUUAACCCUGACUUAUCUAAUUUCCGUGCCAUCUCCAAUCUCCCUUUUCGCUCAAAAACUCUCGAAAGGGCUGUAGCCAGUCAGCUGGUGAAACAUCUCACGGACAAGAAUCUGCUUACAGUCUGGUUUCCGGCCGCAUUCACAGUACUGAAACUGCUCUGCUCUGGAUUGUGAAUGAUCUCCUGCUCAAUGCUGAUGCUGGCGCUCUCUCUGUGCUUGUCCUCCUUGACCUAACAUGACAUUCUUUGUGACCGCCUUCAGAAGUAUGCUGGAAUCUCUGGAACCUGUCUCUCCUGGAUGUCCUCUUACCUGUCUGGACGCAUUCAGUCUGUUUUCUAUGCUGGACGCAGUGGUGUUGCAAACACAGUCACGUGUGGUGUCCCCCAAGGAUCUGUUCUUGGGCCCCUUCUUUUCAAAACACUCCUGCUCACCUGCAAUGCCCUUCAUUACACAGGUCCCGAGUACCUCCUGAACCUGCUGACCCACUAUGUCCCUGCCCGCAAGCUGAGGUCCUCCGACUCUGGCCUGCUUGUUAUCCCCAAGCAAAAGUGCACCACACUUGGAGAACGCUCAUUUAGAUUCAUGGCUCUGACUCUUUGGAACCCCCUCCCAGCUUUGGUGCAUGAUGGUCCCACCGUCGCUCAUUUUAAAUCAACUCUCAAGACCCACCUGUUCCCUCUUGCUUUCCAUGCUCUUUAAGCCUGGUAUCUGCUAUUAGCUGCUGUUUCGCUGUGACUAUUUUAUGUAUUAUGUUACUAUCAUGUAUUAUGCACUUUCCACUGUAUUUAAUGUACUAUUUAAUGUAUUAUGCUACUAUCAUGUAUGAUGCAUUUCUCUGUAUUUAAAGUAUUAUGGAUUUCAUUGUUGUUACUGCAUCCUGUAAAGAGCUUUGUGAUGGUGGAAGGUGCUAUAUAAAAUAAAGAUUGGAUCAUUGAUUGAAAAAGAUACAGAAAUUCAUGAUUUUGAUUUGUAAUAAGAGAUUUUAUCUUGGAAAAUUCUAAUGUUAUAUAUUAUUUGUAUUGUAUAUGCUUUGUAUGCUUUAGCCAAAUAUCCUUUACCAGAACAUUGCAAAUAAUGUAAAAUAUGCAGGGGUCUGUUCUAAAGUUGGAUAUUCUAUUACAGUGUACGAUGAAUGAAGUCUGUUUUAUAUUAAUAUCUGUUCCUUUAAGAGCUCAGGACCAUCAUGCUUUGUUUAUUGAAUGGCUGUCAGAACCAUGCAUGUACCAAGCAGUGUAUUAAUAAAAGUGUCACUAUAGACUACCUGCAAGGCUGUGUGUGGAUCCCUUCAUUCCCCAGCGU